UGUACAAUGUAUUUCCUCUCUUCCUUUCUCACUGCUGUGUUGCCUCGUGUUUUCUUUUUUUUUUUAUGUUGAGUUUUCGAAGUUAUUCUUCUUCGGAUAAUUAUCAUUGAUUCAAUCAAAAUGAAUUCUCAAGUAAAAUCAAUCGGUGUUAAAGGUGUUGAUCAAAGUGAAUUUGUUGUUGCAUUGGCAGCAUUUUUGAAAAGAUCGGGUAAAUUAAAAGUACCAGAUUGGAGUGAUUUAGUUAAAACAGCCAAUUUUAAAGAAUUGGCGCCAUAUGAUGAUGAUUGGUUUUAUACACGUUGUGCUUCAAUUGCCCGUCAUUUGUAUCAUCGAUCACCAGUUGGUGUUGGUGCCAUAACCAAAAUCUAUGGUGGCCGAAAUCGUCGCGGUGUACGUCCAUCACAUUUUGGUCGUGGUGGUUCGAAUAUUGCCCGUAAAUCAUUGCAAGCAUUGGAAGCCGUCAAUUGGGUAGAAAAAGAUGCCAAUAGUGGUGGUCGACGUUUAACAAGCCAAGGUUAUAAAGAUCUGGAUCGUAUUGCGGCACAAUUAAAAGAAGCAUCACGAAAAAAGAUUCUGGAAGAAGCUGCCGCUGCUGCUGCUGCUUCAGCAACCGUUCCUGUUGCGGUUCAAUAAUUAAUUUUCUUUUUUUAAAUAAAAAUAUUUUUUUUUUGAUUAAAAAAAUUAAAAAAAAAUUAAUAUAA